ACGGGGAUUACCAAAGCCCCUCUUACUAUUGUAAAGCAUACGUCAGCAAAAUAAAAAGACUAUCCACCCAUUUCUAGAGCGGAUAAAUACAGCCCAGACAUAGCCUACUACAACACCUCACCCAGGCUACACCAGACGUAUCCUAGUCCUAAAUGUGAAUACCGCAGGUAAUUCCACGUAUUGUUUACGAUUCAUCUCCGCUGCAUGUGGAGUGUGAGUGUGGACACCUAGAAAUAUGUUGACUGAGUCACUGCUGCCACAUUCCAGGAGAGGAGGACUGUCCGGGCUGCCUCUCUUCUGAUAAGCAUCCUAUGGUAUUCUGUACAAGUCAAGAUGGCGGUGUCGGCAACGGAAAAGGACGCAAUAAAUACUGAAGAUGACCAUCACAACGAUUCGUUCGGGAACCCCGGGCUUAUCUCGCCGGAUAGGGAGGACAUUGCACGGCUUCUGAAGGUUCCAUUCAGUGGCCGCAUCAGAGGUGGUAUGAGGCCGGGGAAGAAGGUCAUUGUCAUGGGCAUUGUUGAUCUGGAGCCAGACAGCUUUGACGUCAGCCUGACUUGCGGCCGCGGCACAGAGAAGGAGGAGCCACAACCGGAUGUGGCCCUGAAACUCAGCGCUCGAUUCGCUGAGCGCCAGUUUCUGCGUAACUCCCGCGUCUCGGGAAAAUGGAGCGAGGAGGAGAAGUCUAUCGACUACUUCCCCUUCAUCCCUGACCAGCCCUUCAGGAUGGAGAUCCACUGCGAACACACGCGCUUCCGGAUAUUUGUGGAUGGAAACCCGCUCUUUGACUUUUUUCACAAAGUGAAAUCUUUGCCGUCCAUCGAUACAGUGAGGAUAGAAGGGGGUCUACAGAUCACCAAGCUAGGUUAACCAACCCAGCUGCUAUGCCAGUGUGUGACACAACAAGAACUCAAUACAGGUGAACACACACACCUGUUACUACAAUACCCACAAUGCAACACUGCAGCGACAGUGGGCCUAGCGCUUUGGAAAGGCCUCGCCCAUCCCGGUUUGGUUCUGCCGUCACUCCUCUUCUUCUUUCCCCUUUAUCUUGUCACGUCUCAACCAAGAUCUGACGUUAUUGUGACCUUCCUAAUUGUUGGUUGAAUGGUUGCAAUGCAACACAGCUCUGUGUGUCUUUGUUCUGAAAGAAUUCCUUUGUUUUCUUCCUCAGUUCUGUGUGUGUCAGGGAUCUCACAAUAUAAACGCCUGCUCAUGGUUACCAAGCAUCCUAUGGGGAUUUUGCUGAGAGAGGGGGCCCUAUUCCAAAUGUAAUAGUGCACUGCUUUUGGGGCACUAUUGGGCACUAGAGUGCUAUUUGGGACACAGCCGUAGAGCACUCAAAAGUAUUUGCUUUCAUGUGGAGAAAUCCUACAAUUCUCAGGAGGUUUCUCAGGAAUCAACACUAUUUAUCACGUAUAACAUCAUCACUGUAAAUGAGGGUUAUCUCGUGGGGUUGACAAGCUCAGUAUUAUGGGAGCUUUCAUUUUUGCACUCCCUCCCUGUUCUUCAAUUGGGUUUUAUUGGUUGGUUGGUUGUCAUGGUUAUUGGCAUCCUAACUCAAUGACCUACAUACAGAGGUUGCAUUCUAAAUUGCAUUCUAUUCCCUAUAUAGUGCACUACUUUGAUCAGGGCCCAUUGGGCUGUGGCCAAAAGUAGUGCACUACGUAGGGAAUAGGGUGCCAUUUGGAAAGGGAAAUGAGGAUUAUAUUGUGGAGUCUCGGCAAGAUGAACCGUAGCAGCUUUUUGAUGGAAAUGUCUUGUAACUGUAUGCAAUGUAUUAAUGGUGGUUCUUACUCACAGUUUCAGUUCAUUGCAACCAUUCUCCUCCUGUAGAUAUAGAUAUUGCACUGACAUAGAGCUAUGUGGUAGUGAAUAGAAUGUAUCGUUCAUUUGGAUCUCUGUUUACAUUGCUUAUUUAACAGUGAUGAAUGAUUGGUUCGUUUUAAAGGGGUAGUUCACCACAAAAUCCAAGUUUAUCAGAUGUGUUUUAUACCUCAACUGUUCUGUGUGGAGCUAAUAAACUGGAAUUAGAGGUGCCAAUCUUUCCUAUUCCUUUGGGUUCUAGAUGAGAUCUGUAGGUUUCUCCAAUGGCUCACAGCAGAGUCUAGACAACACGUGGUGUGGAAUAUGGACUCAGGUGGUGUUUCUAGGCUUCAAAACAUCCUAGCAUCCUAUCUUGGAGUGAACUAUCCCUUUAAGGAGUUUGCUUAACUGGACUCUGACUUGUAAAUGAAGAAAAACCCCAUAGUGAAAACACACCCAGCGAUGGCCAGCCUAAACAACCAUUCAGUCAAACCUCGCUAUCACAGACCAGAUUAUUACUGUAUAUGCAAAUGGUGGAUUCUCUUCCACACUUGAGCAUUUUUUAAACCAGGGUCGUAUUCAUUAGGGAACACCGAAGUGAAAUGUUUUGCCCAAAAUAAAAAACAGUUGACCCGAAACUGUAACCGGUACCUCUUGAAGUUUACAGACUGUUCCGUUAGCUAGCGGUUAGCGGUUAUGGAUCAGCGGUUGAUUGUUGUGAAGAAUAGGAAGGCUGAAUGUUGUUAUGAAUGUACAGCAGCCAUGUUUUUCUAUGGUAGCAUACCAACUGGACACAGACGUCAGUUCAACAUCUAGUUUUGAUUGAAAUUUGGUUGAGUUGUGAAAUCAACAAAGAAUUCCACCAUGUCAUUGGAUUUAGGUUAAACGUUGGGUGAAAAGAAGAUCCUUUUGUUGAUGACUUUUUGCAAAUCCAAUCAGUUUUCCACAUUGAUUCAACGUCAUCACAAAUACUUUUUUGGUUGUUGAAAUGACGUGGAAACAACAUUGAUUCAACCAAUUUCCGCAUCUGAAAUGGCACCGUAGCACCUUUUUAUUCUAGGAGUGUAUCUACCUGGAACCAGAAUGGGUGCUAACCUGGAACCAGAAUGGGUUCUUCUAUGGGGACAGCAGACGAACCCUUUUGGGUGUUACCUGGAACCAGAAUGGGUUCUUCUAUGGGGACAGCAGAAGAACCCUUUUGGGUGUUAAUCUGGAACCAGAAUGGGUGUUAAUCUGGAACCAGAAUGGGUGUUAACCUGGAACCAGAAUGGGUGUUACCUGGAACCAGAAUGGGUUCUUCUAUGGGGACAGCAGAAGAACCCUUUUGGGUGUUACCUGGAACCAGAAUGGGUUCUUCUAUGGGGACAGCAGAAGAACCCUUUUGGGUGUUACCUGGAACCAGAAUGGGUGUUACCUGGAACCAGAAUGGGUGUUACCUGGAACCAGAAUGGGUGUUAAUCUGGAACCAGAAUGGGUGUUAACCUGGAACCAGAAUGGGUGUUACCUGGAACCAGAAUGGGUUCUUCUAUGGGGACAGCAGAAGAACCCUUUUGGGUGUUAAUCUGGAACCAGAAUUGGUGUUAACCUGGAACCAGAAUGGGUGUUACCUGGAACCAGAAUGGGUUCUCUUAUGGGGACAGCAGAAGAACCCUUUUGGGUGUUACCUGGAACCAGAAUGGGUGUUACCUGGAACCAGAAUGGGUGUUACCUGGAACCAGAAUGGGUUCUCUUAUGGGGACAGCAGAAGAGCCCUUUUGGAUUGCUUUUUUUCUAAGAGUGUAUUACCUAUUUAGUGCACUACUUUGGACCAGUGCCCACCACUUCAUCAACACACAGCGCUACUACUGUUCACCAAUAACUGUGAUAUGACUCAGUGGUUUAGUGGAGCAUCAUAUGACUCAGUGGUUUAGUGGAGCAUCAUAUGACUCAGUGGUUUAGUGGAGCAUCAUAUGACUCAGUGGUUUAGUGGAGGGUAAAUUCACGUGAUCGCAGCUUUACACACCUUUUGUAUUCUGCGUAAGCAUGUACCCACCUAUUGCAGAAAAAAUAUUUUUAAAUAUAUACAGCGUUACUUUACUCACCACAAACAGGGAUCAGAGUUCACUCACCGAUUUGUUAAUUACCACUACAUCACUGAUAUGCCUCUAACACACUGCCCCAUGUCUAUGGCCCACUGCAUCGCUCUCUCUCUCUCUCUCUCUCUCAAUUCAAUUCAAGGGCUUUAUUGGCAUGGGAAACAUGUGUUAACAUUGCCAAAGCAAGUGAGGUAGAUAAUAUAAUAUAUAAAUCGCUCUGUCUAUAUCUCUCUCUCUCUCUAUGGCCCACUGUAUCUCUCGCUCUCUCAAAACUGAGCCAGGAGAGCAAGAAUGGGGCACACGGACAUCACAUGGUGCCAAGGGGAGCUAUUGUGCUCCAUCAAAGCGCUCUAUUGUCUCUUACUGGGCUUAGUUGUUGGAUCUCUCCUUCUCUAUAUUGUCUCUUACUAAGCUUAGUUGUUGGAUCUCUCCUUCUCUAUAUUGUCUCUUACUGGGCUUAGUUGUUGGAUCUCUCCUUCUCUAUAUUGUCUCUUACUAAGCUUAGUUGUUGGAUCUCUCCUUCUCUAUAUUGUCUCUUACUAACCUUAGUUGUUGGAUCUCUCCUUCUCUAUAUUGUCUCUUACUAAGCUUAGUUGUUGGAUCUCUCCUUCUCUAUAUUGUCUCUUACUAAGCUUAGUUGUUGGAUCUCUCCUUCUCUAUAUUGUCUCUUACUAACCUUAGUUGUUGGAUCUCUCCUUCUCUCUAUAUUGUCUCUUACUAACCUUAGUUGUUGGAUCUCUCCUUCUCUCUAUAUUGUCUCUUACUAACCUUAGUUGUUGGAUCUCUCCUUCUCUAUAUUGUCUCUUACUAACCUUAGUUGUUGGAUCUCUCCUUCUCUAUAUUGUCUCUUACUAACCUUAGUUGUUGGAUCUCUCCUUCUCUAUAUUGUCUCUUACUAACCUUAGUUGUUGGAUCUCUCCUUCUCUAUAUUGUCUCUUACUAACCUUAGUUGUUGGAUCUCUCCUUCUCUAUAUUGUCUCUUACUAACCUUAGUUGUUGGAUCUCUCCUUCUCUAUAUUGUCUCUUACUGGGCUUAGUUUUGGGAUCUCCUUCUCUAUAUUGUCUCUUACUGGGCUUAGUUGUUGGAGGGAGCGCUCAUUCUUCGGUUGCCCCUACAUAAUGCACAACUUUGACCCUAACUUUAACCCUAACCCAAGACACGUUUGACCCUACGUGCACUACUUUUGACCAGGGCCCAAUGUAUGGAAUAGGGUGCCAUUUGGGAUGCGGCUUUCCUGUUAGGAGCAUGUCAGCUCUGAGUUGUAGAUGAGUAGGGAGGGACUUUGGAUUAAAGGUGCUACACAGGAUUUAAAAAAUGCCAUUGUAAUAGUGGAAUGAUAGUGUUUCACAGUAUUACUUAGCUGGCUGUAAUAUUUGCUUAUUGAUUUCUCCCAUUGGAGAGGCAUCUGUUGUCAAAAUGGGAAAGCUGUUUUGACUUUGUGGCUGUGUUAUCUAUUGGAAAUCGGGUCAGGUGGCCAAUAUAGAAAUCUCUGUAAUUUCUUGAUUAAAACAAUUCUACACUGUUCGCUCAAUUUCAGUUUAUGUGAGAAAACAAGCACUGAAUAGUGUAGGGCAGGGGUAUUCACCUCUGACCCUACGAAGUCCAGAGCCUGCUGGUUUUCUGUUCUUACUGAUCAUUAAUAUCACCCACCUGGUGUCCAACACAGUUCCACUGCUUUUUUUGGGAGGUUCAGAGUUGAGUUUGAGGGGUGUAACUAAACAUAUGUUCAAUAAUAAAACAUAUAUAGUUUUUCCAGCUGUUUGAAGCUGCUGGACCAAAACAGAAAGUAAAAGGCUCAAUUGUGAGUCUCCUUCAUGUUACGGAGAAAUGGGGUUUUGGGGCUGUAGCACCUUUAAGUGAUGAUAACUUUGAAGGUUGAGGGGUUUGGUGUUUAUUUUCUUUGCUGUAGUCAGACAUCCCUCUGUACAGUGCUUCAAAUGGUCCCUUCCUUGGAUUACCCCUGUAAAAUGCUUCAAAUGGUCCCUUCCUUGGAUUACCCCUGUAAGAUGCUUCAAAUGGUCCCUUCCUUGGUUUAACCCUCCCUGUAAGAUGCUUCAAAUGGACCCUUCCUUGGUUUACCCCUGUAAAAUGCUUCAAAUGGACCCUUCCUUGGUUUACCCCUGUAAAAUGCUUCAAAUGGACCCUUCCUUGGUUUAACCCUCCCUGUAAGAUGCUUCAAAUGGACCCUUUCUUGGUUUAACCCUCCCUGUAAGAUGCUUCAAAUGGACCCUUCCUUGGUUUACCCCUGUAAAAUGCUUCAAAUGGACCCUUCCUUGGUUUACCCCUGUAAGAUGCUUCAAAUGGUCCCUUCCUUGGUUUACCCCUGUAAGAUGCUUCAAAUGGACCCUUCCUUGGUUUACCCCUGUAAGAUGCUUCAAAUGGACCCUUCCUUGGUUUACCCCUGUAAGAUGCUUCAAAUGGACCCUUCCUUGGUUUACCCCUGUAAGAUGCUUCAAAUGGACCCUUCCUUGGUUUACCCCUGUAAGAUGCUUCAAAUGGACCCUUCCUUGGUUUACCCCUGUAAGAUGCUUCAAAUGGACCCUUCCUCGGUUUACCCCUGUAAGAUGCUUCAAAUGGACCCUUCCUCGGUUUACCCCUGUAAGGUGCUUCAAAUGGAACCUUCCUUGGUUUUGCCAAGAUUGGCCACUGCACUGACUGAACCCUGAACAGUGCAUCACAUUCAGCAUGGGGGGAUAGUGAGUGGUUGGUAAUGAAUGUGUGUGUGCUAUAUGAGACGUUCGGUCUCUGAACAUCAUUACAGUAGGCAAUCCAUGACAAUAUUCUGUGGGAUACAGAAUUGUUCAGUAGGCUGCAUAUGCACAGGUCUUUCUUUUCUGUGAGAGAACAAUAACACACAGGGUUUUCCUGAGGUACGAAGAUGGAGAACUCUUUU